AUUUGGUCACCGCAGUGGCCUCAGCGUUUGACGCCAUGAUGAUGCCAAAGAAGACCGACCUGAAAGGCUUCAAAGGCUUCGGUUUCGGCAGUGCGAAGCCGGGAGCAGCCGUUGCUCGGACGCCAGGGAAGCCGCAGGCGAAGGCAGCUGGUGGUGUCGCUGCGCUGUUCCAAGAGUCCAUGAACCGAGAGGAGAAAGAGAAGAAGAGCACUCUGCCCUCCUGGUCCAAAAUGACAGCCGAAGCAGCACAGGCGCAGAAACAGGCCGAGGCCAUGAUGACGGAGGAUCCCACCGUCUUUCAAUAUGACGAGGUCUUGGACGACAUCAAGGAGGAGCUUGGUGUGGAAUCUGUCGCAGAGAAGAUCCGUGCUGAUGGCUUGGAGCAGAAGAAGCGAGUGGGUCUGCAUGUUCCUGAUGGCGCGGAUGCUGUGAAGACUGGCAUCAAGCGAUCUGCCAAGUAUGUGGACAAAGUCAAGAUAGCCACAGAUAGAAGACGAGUGGAACAGCAGAUUGUUGAAGACCGGCUGCUGAAGAAAGAGAAAGAGGCGAGGAAAGACAGCGAAGUCUUUGUGACCGAAGCCUUCAAAGAGGAGCUGAAACGAAGAAAGAAGUUUGAAGAUGAAUUGGAAGCACAGGAGGAGAUGGACCAGAAGAACGCUGCUGAAAAGCAGGAGCAUGGCACUGGCUUCGCCUCCAUGUACCGAAAUCUUCUGAAUGGUGGCCUUGCAAGCAGUCGCGGUGGUGAGAAGGUCCGCGAGAUGAAGCCUGCAAGGGAAGACUUGGAGGAGGAAGCACCAAAGAUGGAGGUCAAGGACGAAGAGGACGAAAAGAUUAAGGAAGAACUCGCUCCAUUGGUCGAAAAGACUGAAGUGAAAGACGAAGCCAGUACUGAUCAGCCCGGUGUUCAGGAUGUUGCGGCAGCGCCUAAGGCACUGCUGGAAGAAGCCAAGGAGAAGAGGGAAGAGAAGGCUCUCAGCGCCAAAGAACGCUACCUCUUGCGAAAGAAAGGCCUGCUGGCUCCCGAAGAGUAGUGCUACCAAAGAAGCUGAAGUGCCAGCCGAGCAAAACAACA